GUGAGGAAGGGGACGAGAGCAGAGGGGAGGCCCGCCCAGCCUGGGCGGCACGCGCCACGCCCCAUGGCCGCCAAGCAACCUGCUGGGAAGGGCAGGGGGGAGAAGCGGAAGAGGGUGGUGCUGACCCUGAAGGAGAAGAUCGACAUCUGCACGCGGCUGGAGAAAGGGGAGAGCAGGAAGGUGCUGAUGCAGGAGUACAACGUCGGCAUGUCCACCCUGUACGACAUCAAGGCCCACAAGGCACAGCUGCUCCGGUUCUUUGCCAGCUCCGACUCCAACAAGGCUCUGGAGCACCGGCGCACCCUGCACACGCCCAAGCUCGAGCACCUCGACCGCGUCCUGUACGAGUGGUUCCUGGCGCAGCGCUCUGAGGGCGUGCCCGUCUCAGGCCCCAUGCUCAUCGAGAAGGCGAAAGACUUCUACGAGCAGAUGCGGCUGACCGAGCCCUGUGUGUUCUCCGGGGGGUGGCUGUGGCGCUUCAAGGCAAGGCACGGCAUCAAGAAGUUGGACGCAUCCGGCGAGAAGCCAGCGGCCGACCACCAAGCUGCGGAGCAGUUCUGUGACUUCUUUAGAAGCCUGAUAGCCGAGCACAGCCUGUCUCCUGAGCAGUUCUACAACGCUGACGAGACGGGCCUCUUCUGGCGGUGCCUGCCGCAGCCCAGCCCAGCCGGCGAGCCCGUGCCUGGCCUCAGGCACAGCAAGGACAGGCUGACCGUGCUGGUGUGUGCGAACGCCGCGGGCUCUCACAAGCUCACGCCCCUGGUGGUUGGGAAAUGCGGAGGUCCCAGGGCCUUCAAAGGCGUGCAGCACUUGCCCGUUGUCUACAAGGUGCAAGGGAACGCCUGGAUGGACAAGGGGAUCUUUUCUGAUUGGUUUCAUCACAUCUUUGUCCCCUCAGUGAAGGAGCAUUUCAGAGCUGUGGGCCUUCCCGAGGACAGCAAAGCCAUCCUGUUGCUGGACAACUCGCGAGCUCACCCGCAGGAGUCUGAGUUGGUUUCCGAUAACAUCUUCACCAUCUUUCUGCCUGCAAGUGUCACCUCGUUGAUUCAGCCCAUGGACCAGGGCAUCCGGAAGGACUUUAUGAGGAAUUUCGUCAACCCCCCAGUCACCUGGCAGGACUUCCAGGCCCGGUACAGCAUCAGCGACGCCAUCUUCAACGUGGCCUGUGCCUGGAACGCUGUUGCCAGUGGAGUCUUGCGGCGGGCGUGGAGGAAGUUGUGGCCUGCCAUCAUGUUCGCCGAGGGCUCUUCCUCCGAGGAGGAAGGGAAAGGGCGCGUGAGAACUGAGCCGCGGGGUGAGGCUUUCGCUCACAUCCUCGAGCUCGUGAAAGGCAGCAAACUUGGUUCCAGACCGGUCAAGGAGUGGGCGGAAGGCGGAAAGGAGGCUGGCGUGGUGCGUGGCGCAGCUGCCGUGGAAACGGUGGCGGCCGUUUGGAGCACGGAGGAGGUGGCAGCAGCUGGCAGGGACCGUGGUGGGGCGGGUGCUGGCGAGGGUGCCGAGGCCGCCUGGGAGAAGGCCGCUGCCUCCUUCGACUCGCUCAUGCACUUUGCAGAGAGGCAGCCUUGCUUCAGCACGCAGGAGCUGGGGCAGCUGCGCGCGCUCCACGCGGUCUUUGUGCGGCAGAGGCUGACGAGGAGGAAGCACGUGGCUCUCCGGGCCAUCGUAAAAAUUGAAGAGCCCCAGGAGUGCCCUGGGGUGUGCCCAGCCUCCGCGCAGUUCCCCAUGCCACCCACGUCUGCCGUGGCGUGCAGCGACGACUGAUGCUUGCUUGGGGCCUCCAUGGAGCAGGUGGGGGCACACGGCCCGGACUGCGGCCCCGAGGCAGAGGACACACACCCUGCCCUGUGGAGGCCUUCCGGGGGCACUGGCGCGCGAGCGGGCGGCACUCAGUCCCUAGGAGGGCCCGUCUCCCACCUGUUUCUGCAAUUGAAGUUUCACUGUAUUACCUGUUACCAUGUGGGAGUGUGAAGGAAUGUUCUGGAAGAGUCCACCCCAACCUGAAAUGUACCAUACAGAUCCUCAGCCUAGCUGGAGCCCAGGCCUGGACAGGGCUUCUUAAGGGUGCUUGUGUUAAGAGUCGGGGUGUCUUUCUGUCAGGGAAAAACCUGGCUGUCAGGCUGACAGACAGCAGAGCCCACUACCACUACUCGUGGCCUCCCGUGUUCUCUGGCCCCCCUCCCAUCCCGCACCAGGUGGGGUCUGUGUCACGUAGAUCCCAGGCAGGUGCCAAGGGUGGGGACCCCCUUGGUGCUCUGCCCGAGUUGGAGGGGUCCCCUGCUUGUUGGAUGGGCAGCAGAUCCGGCCCCGCUUUUGUGGGUCACCUGUCGUCUGCCCUGGCAGCACCAUCUGGGAAGUUGGUCCACAUCGCUGCAGCUUCCACCCCUCAGCCUGGCCCCGGGAUGCGGUUAGGUCCUGCUGACAUGGACCUGCUCCCGUGAGGAAAGUGGGAGCGUGCGGCCGGUCCUGCCCGCUGUCCCUGCCGGAGGCCACAGCCUCAGCACUCAUCGUCAGUAGACCUUAGGAUUCCACACCAGACACUGGAAAGCAGUCAGACAAGCUGGUUAGGUUUCUAGAAGUUUGAACUCCUGUUCUCUGCUGCUUACACAUUCACACUCGGGAAGAGCAGCGGCACGCGCUGGGGUGUGCCAGGCCCCGUGAAGGAGCACACGGUGGCUUUCCUGUGUGGCCAGCCCGCAGCGCCUCAGUCGGAACCUCAGCUGCCCAAGGCUCGUGACCCUUCCGGCCUUUGUUGGCUGUGACGUGCCCUUUUUGAUCGUGAUGAGAUAAGCGUAUUUUUCUAUGUUCUUUCUGUUCCUUCCUGGACUCACCUCUUGGCACCUGUUCAGCUCGUGGUUUCCGUUCCAGCGUUUCCUGUCUUCCCCACAGGAGCCUUGUGUUCCUGGGAGGGCUCAGAGGACUCGGGAUGUUCGGUCUGCAGUCAUUUAUAUUGUGUUUUUACAUCUUUCCAAAGAUCGAGGAGAUGAUUGUUGCCAAAAUAUAACAUGUGAAAGUGUGUUUCAUGCAUAAA